AAUGUUUCAAAUAGUCCAUAUUCUAGAAGAGAAUUAAAAGUUAAUAGGUAAUUACUAAAGUAGGAAUUAAUUGAGCUUCCUAUUCGAAUGCAGCAAAUGGAUUUAUGAAAGCUUAUUCUUACGCUGUGAAAGGUGUGGAAUUAUAAAUGCACUUAAGACAAUAGAGCUAAGAGAUCAACUCAUUUCUGCCACAACAGCUUGAACAAUUAGUUUAGAUAAUAAAAUACAGAUUUCUUCAUUUAGUGGAUUUGAAUUGACAUGAAUUUGGGUUUUAUUGGAAAAGGCUUCAAUUAUUUUACUAAUUCGAUGAAAUUCUUUCCAAAACAACUUAUGCUAUUAAAUUGCUCAGUAUAACAAUCACCCAUACUACCGUUG